UUGCCGAACGGUAUUUGACAGCCUACGAGCUGGUCACUCUGACUCCCGGACGCCGAAAAUAAAUAAAUAUUGCAUUUAUCCGGCAGAAUUUUGCUUUUUUGUGCCAGGAUAUUUACUAAAUCGCGCAUCCCUUACGGAUGUAGCGGCAGUUUUAACGUGCACACAAGAAAUAAACAAAAGUUAAUCCAAAAUGGCCAAUCGCACGGUGAAGGAGGCAAAAAACGUGCACGGCACCAACCCGCAGUACCUCAUUGAGAAGAUCAUCCGCUCCCGCAUCUACGACUCCAAAUACUGGAAGGAACAGUGUUUCGCCCUCACGGCCGAGCUGCUGGUGGACAAGGCCAUGGAGCUGCGAUUCGUCGGCGGCGUCUACGGCGGCAACAUCAAGCCCACCCAGUUCCUCUGCCUCACCCUCAAGAUGCUGCAAAUCCAGCCGGAAAAGGACAUUGUGGUGGAGUUCAUCAAGAACGAAGAGUUCAAGUACGUGAGGGCCCUGGGAGCCUUUUAUCUCCGCCUAACGGGAGCUGCUCUCGACUGCUACAAGUAUCUGGAACCGCUCUACAUCGACAACCGUAAGCUGCGCCGCCAGAAUCGUGCCGGCCAGUUCGAGAUCGUCUACAUGGACGAGUACAUUGACGAGCUGCUGCGCAACGAUCGCGUCUGCGACAUCAUACUGCCGCGCAUCCAGAAGCGCUCGAUUCUGGAGGAGAACAACGAGAUAGAGCCGAAGGUGUCUGUGCUCGAUGAGGAUCUGGACGAUGAGCUGCCCAGCGACGAGGAGAAGGCGCCAGACGAUCGGGACUCGAAUAGACCGAAGGAAAACUCAUCGUCGGCGGUGCGGCGUCCGAGGAGAGCUCGGUCCAACUCCAGGUCGCGUAGUCGGGACCGCGACAGGAGAGCUGGCCAAGGCAACAACGCCCGCUCCAGGGACUACUACGACGAACUCGAGGAGUAUGAUCGCCAGCGGAAUCGCGUGCGCCAUCGGGACAACCAGAACGAUGACUACGAAAGGCGGCAGACAACGAGUGGACGCCAGGAUCGGGAGCGAGAGCGCCAGGAUCGUGACAGGGUGCGGGAGCGUGACAGGUACGGCGAGAGGGAUCGACGGGACCGCGAACGGGAGCGAGAACGCGACCGCGGUGGCCGACACGAGCAGCGGGAUAGAGAUUCUCGGGGAGAUCGCGAUCGGCGUCGCUACUAAAAAUUAUUGUAAUUUAAAUUGUAAUAAAAAUUGAAAAAAUA